UUAAAUGACGUCAUGUACGCGCCAACACAAUAUCCAUGUGGAACUUUGUGGCUAACAGCUGAUGUAGCUGUAGUUCAUUCUCUGAGUCUGUCUGCCUGUCUGUCUGUCUGUCUGUCUGUCUGUCUGUCUGUCUGUCUGUCUGCACAUCACGGAGGUGAAGCUCCUUUAAGACGCUCCGUUCUUCUCGCGCUUGUAAACUGAAGAGCUCUGAUUGGCUGUUAAAUGCCGCCGAGCUAACACACACACACACACACACAGAGCAGCAGCAGCAGCAGCAGCAGUCUCCCGUGCUCCACACAUGGCUGAUGACAGCGUGGACAGUGAAGCUCCCUCCCGGCAGGAGAACCAUGAUAAAGACGGUGAGAGCGGCCAGAAGCAGAGCAGCAACGGAGCAGCUCCAGCAGAGAGCCAGAGUCUGUCCAAGAGGCAGAGGAAGAAGCUGCUGAAGCAGCAGAAGUGGGAGGAGGAGAGGGAGCUGCGAAAACAGAAACGUAAGGAGAGGAAGCAGCAGCGUCGGCUGCAGAGGCAGAAUCAUCAUCAGGAGGAGGAGGAGGAGGGAGGAGAGGCCCAGACUGUUAGGAAACGUCCACGCAGAGAGGUGACGCCGAGCUCGCUGAGGCUGGUGGUGGACUGCAGCUUCGACGACCAAAUGCUGAUCAAGGACGUCCGGAAGCUUCACAAACAGAUCCAGAGGUGCUACGCUGAGAACAGACGAGCCUUGCAUCCAGUGCAGUUUUAUCUGACGAGCCUGGGAGGACAGCUGAAGCAGAGCAUGGACGAAAAGGACAAAGGAUGGGUGAACUGGAAGGACAUCAGCAUUAAAACAGAGCACUACAGUGAGGUCGUGGCCAAGGAGGACCUGGUGUACUUGACGUCAGACUCUCCCAACGUGCUGGAAGAGCUGGACCAAAAAAAGGCCUAUGUGAUCGGAGGCCUGGUGGACCACAACCACCAUAAGGGGAUCACGUUUGAGAGGGCGAAGGAGCUGGGAAUCGAUCACGCCCAGCUUCCUCUGAGCAGUUUUGUCAAGAUGAACAGUCGGAAGGUUCUAGCAGUCAACCAUGUGUUCGAGAUCGUUCUGGCGUACUUGGAGAAGGGCAGCUGGCAGGAGGCCUUCUUCACCGUCCUGCCUCAAAGGAAAGGAGCGGUGGCUGUCGACAAGGACGGAAAAGCAGUUCCGGAAAAAGAGGAGGAAGAUUCGGAGUCUGACUCUGACCCCGACACACUGGAGCAAACUGAGAAAAGAACCUAGAACUUAGUUCAAAUGGACAACUUCAGACAAAAGUUCGGACGUUUGCAUAUGUUGAUGCGAUGUUUGAAAGAGUGAUGUUUCUGUUCACAAAAUGUUUCUUUCAAGUUUUAUGAUUUUUUUUCUUAUUUUUAAAAUCAGCUAUUUAUUGAAAGUAUUACUUUGUGCCUCCUGUAAACUGUAAACUCAGUUUAACAUCUGACAGAAAUAGAAGAUUUCAGUUUUGGUACAGUUUUUUGCAGAACAUAGUGACAUAGAUAUUACACUGUGGAAAAUGUGUUAUACUUGACUUUUUUAUUGUUUAGUUCAAAGAUAAAGCUGUCAGAUCUGUGCCAAAUGGAUUCAUUUUUUAAGAUUUAAAGCGGGAUAAAGUCAACACAACAAAACAACAUGAGUGUCACUGACUGGAGUUCCCGGAAUAUUUUGGAGUUUUUGAAAAUGUAACCAAAAAGUGAAAUUAAAAACAGAUUGUAGCACUUGUAGUGGAUCUCGGUGCGUUGCAACAUCACAUAUGUACAGAAGUUCUUACAGCUCUUUUAAAGAUAGUUUCUGAAUAUAGGCUGCAUGCGUUUCUCUGUGGGUUGAAUGUUUUUAUACUUUCACAGUAUUUGCACAGCACCAAAACUUGCUUUUAUUUU